AGUGCUUUGGCAUUGUGAUAUGUUAGUUACAGAUUUGUUUUGUUUUUCCUUCGUUGAAGGAUUUCAGUUUAACCUGAAUCAAUUGUUUAUUUCGACUUUCGACAGAUUGUACAGGUUUGCGGCAAGUUGGACAGAUGUAUUCCAGUGUUGUUUGAUUUCGUUCAUGAACUAGUGAUAAAUAUGUACAAAUUGAAUUAUCAAAUUCUGAAAGCAGCAGAAGCUCGUGACGUUUGUGGUAUGAUCGAAAGUAAUAGUAAUGGAUUUGUUUUUGAUUUUGCUCGGAGUGAUGUAUCAAAAAUUAAUGAUUUCUUCUCCCUGAUCGAGGAUUUAAAAGGUCGCUUUUUGAUAAGUACUAAGUAUAGAGGUUCUGUCAAGACCCCGCGUUCUAAUACAGUGGUUGUGUUUGCCAAUCAGUUACCAAAUUUGGAAUUACUUAGUAUGGAUCGUUGGUCAUUUUUUCAUCCUAAACUCGGACAUGUUGGUGUCAAAUGUUCUGGUCAGAGUAACAAGGGAUCGUUGUAUAAUUGUGAAAUAUCCCAAAUCAACUCCUGUGACGAUUUAGAAACAGGCUUGAAGAUUCCGCUUAAGAAAACAGACAAGGAAGCUUACGAAGAGUACAUCAACAAUUUUUUUGUUCGAAGUAAUAUGCAAAUGAUUGCUUCCAAUGCUCUUGCUUUCCCUAAUGCAAGAAUUCAAGCCAGUAUGAUUAUGACUCUGGUUAGACAAAAGAAAUUUAUGGAACUUGAAUCCUUUCUCAAAGAGCAAGAUUGCUUAGCUAAUAGUAUUACAACGCUUGACAAUCUCUUUGGUGUCACCAGCUCUUCUGUGGUGUCCGAUUCGUCUUCUGAUGAAUGA